UCAGGUGCAAAGGUAGCCGUGUCGCAGUAGAAAUACCUGGGCGCCAGGUCUGCGUAGAUUUCUUCCCUGGUACGUUUUCACAGUUUUAGGGUGUAAAAUAUACACCGAAGGCUGCUGUUCUUCCGACCUAGCUUCGUGAAAGUGCCAAGGUUGCACUCAGGUGACCAGCUCGUAUAAUUACACGGACGGCCUGUUUUUUAAAAUUAGUGAAGCUUUAAGUUGACGAGCAAUAUGGCGACCAAACGCCCCAUCCGCAUUUUUGAUAUAAAUCUGGAAGACUUUCUCCUCCGCCACUACGUCACGCUAACAAAACAACUCCAGGUGGAAGCUGUGAUGCCGUAUCUGAUCCAGGAGAAAAUCCUGUCGAUCGAAGACAAACAGCAGAUCCUGGCACACACAACCUCACAGGAAAAGGCACAGGCACUUCUCGAUAAACUUAUCACCCAUCAUACAUGUACCCCAACCCUGUUCGUGGACGUCCUGCGCCGGAGCGGACAUGGGCAUUUGGCAGACGUGUUAGAGGGGACUGAGCAUUACCAUUGGGCACUGUUGGUGGGGGAGCCGAACGGCAAGGUGGCCAGAACGGAGGGGUACAAGGACAUGACAGAUGCACAGUUGGAAGAACUGGAAGGUCGUCUGAGGAAGGUUUACACAGAGGAGGUCAAACGACAUGAAGGAAGUACAAGCUUGGAAGGGCUAAUGGGAUACGAGAUGGGUAACACCAAACCCAGGAUUCAUGUCCCAACGUCCCAGGGGAUUGAGCUUGUCUAUUUGGAACAGGAGUUGAGAGCAGGCUUACUGCGGCCUUUUUCGAAUUCCUGGAUGAUUGCUACAAUGAAGACUUGUCAUGUAGGCACUGCACUUGCAGCAGACUGGGUGAAAGACAAGAAGGUCACCUCUGACUUUACACAAGUGUACAAACUUCAACUCAACAAAGUCCGAAAGAACCAGAAAGUCAUAGACAUUAUCUUUGACCAACUUCUGCACGACUCCAAGUACGAACCGUCCUUCUCCAAAGAAUCCCUGUGGAGGUACAUGGAGCAGACCCAGGAGAAGAUUCUGUUCGUGCUGGAGGGACUGGACCGUCUCAACCCCUUCACAUCUCCGGAGAUUCUGCAGCUGAUCGACAAGAAGCUGCUGCCGAGAGCCUCGGUCAUCGUCACGGUGGCCAAAGCAAAAAGUGGAUAGAAACUUACAAUGCCUACCUGGACGCCAACAUUGAUGACGAACUUUGGACCGUUUGUAUGGACAUUUGAGUACUGCAAAAUGAUUCAUGUUUUGGACGACCCUACUUGGCCUGUUUUGUUGUGUGUUCUGUAGUUGCUUAAAGAAGCUUCCUAGGGUUUGCAAGAGUUUGACACUUAAUUACUUGGAGUGUGGCAAAAAUGUAAAUACUUUGCUUGUGUGUGAUCAGACGAAAAUGAGACCUAUUUGCUUCUCAUGAUGUUUUUAAAUAUUGUAUAAUGUGAAUGUUUUUGUGAAAGUACAUGCCAUAUACACAUGCAUGAAUGAACUGUAUGCAUAAACAAGCACAAUCUACUAUAUAAUGAUUGUAAGGAUUGUCUUUG